AUGAACACGGGAAGCAUUCCGUCUGGUUACCCAAUAGUUACUCUCUCCUCACCUGAUACCUUAAGGUCUUGUCAAUACAUGAUUGACUCAGGUUCAGGAGUGAACCUAAUAAAACAGAGCUCUGUACAUCCUUCCCUUCCCUGGGAGGAUGAACGCACUCAUUCAUUACGGGGUAUAUCACCCCAUCUCGUCGAAACAUUAGGCUCUGUUAUAAUAUCGCUCAUGGGAAAACCCGCUCUUUUUCAUGUGUUGCCUAACUCUGUAAAUCUUAUUCCAGAUGGAAUAAUUGGUAACGGGUUUCUCCAUGAACACGAUGCAGUUGUUGAUUAUAAGAACAAAUGUUUACAUUAUGAUAAUGGCAGCGUACCAUUUACGGAAUCUGAAAACGUUAAAAUUGGAAAAAGAACAAUUUCCCCAUUUCACUUAAUAAUUACAAAUCCUGAAAAGAAAUAUGGCUACGUGCCACGUGUGACUCUAACAAAGGGUGUUUACUAUGGAGAAGCCAUAGUCACCAAUAUAAAUGGAAAAGCUUAUUUGCCGAUAAUUAAUGAAAAUGAAAUUGACUAUAAGGUACCUAUACCUUUUGUGGAACUGGAAGACUUUGAAAUUUUGAAACCUACUGAUGAAAAAGAAAUAAAUGAGCCCCCUUGUGAAACUCGUGACCAUGAAGUGGCCGAGUCAAGUAUUUAUACAAUGAUCUCUGAAACAAAGGAGAUCCAUGAAAAAUCUCACGACAGACGUCCCGACAAAGACAUCGAAAUCCGAGGACACACGAUGAGGGAUGUCGAGUCAACUGCUGAAACCCGAGGGCACACAGCAGUUCUGGAGAAUCUUGAGGAUUAUAACUCACUGGCAAACCCAGGAGUUCUUGUUAAAAAUACGCAUCUCUUUGGCGCGACCGGCUUUGUGUUCAAGGCGCGACCAGGAGUCUUGAUGAAUUACAUCUCUGAGGUGAAUCCCAGAGUCUUGGAUAUUAAUGAAGAAAAAGAAAAGGGAGACGUAAAUGUAGACGACGAAAACGGUCGUAUUGAUGAUAUUCUUCCACUUCUACGUUUGGAUCAUUUAAAUUCUGAAGAAAGGGAAAACAUAAUAACUCUGGUUAACAAGCACGUGGAUAGAUUUCACUUGCCUCAUGAAAAAUUAGGAGUCACAAACGCUGCACAACAUUUUAUACCUACGAUUAACGAAGUACCAAUUCAUGUGAAACAAUGGACUGAUAGAAAUGUCCACUUCAUACAAUUCCCCGUGUGGAUUGUACCAAAGAAACCUGAUUCUCUAGGAAAUAAGCGAUGGAGGAUGGUAAUAGAUUACAGAAAUUUAAACGAAAAAACUAUAGGAGAUGCCUAUCCUUUGCCGAACAUCUCCGAUAUUCUUGAUCAAUUGGGAAACGCAAAAUACUUCUCAGUUCUUGAUUUAGCAUCGGGAUUUCACCAGAUCCCCAUGGCACAACAAGAUGCACCGAAAACUGCCUUUUCAACACCUUAUGGGCAUUACCAAUUUAAAAGGAUGCCUUUUGGUUUAAAGAAUGCACCUUCAACGUUCCAAAGACUUAUGGACAAUGUUCUAUCCGGACUUCAGGGUAAUGAAUUAUUUGUGUACAUGGAUGACAUAGUCAUCUAUGCAAAAUCUUUAAGAGAACAUGAAAUAAAAUUCGAAAGACUCAUGAAAAGGUUAGCUGAAGCCAAUUUAAAAUUACAACCGGAUAAAUGUGAAUUUUUACGCCGAGAAGUCGCUUAUCUUGGACACAUAAUCUGCUCUGACGGAGUCAGACCGGAUCCCAAUAAAAUAAAAGCAGUCAUGGAAUUUCCUGUAUUAAAAACACCUAAAAAUAUUAAACAAUUCUUAGGACUUGUCGGAUACUACAGAAGAUUUAUACCUAAUUUCUCCAAAAUUGCAAAACCAUUAACUGAUUUACUAAAGAAAGAUGCAACCUUUAUUUGGCAAGAAAAACAAAUUAACGCGUUUAAAGAAUUGAAACUUUCAUUAUGUACUGAACCCAUUUUACAAUACCCUGAUUUCGAUAAACCUUUUAACUUGACGACCGAUGCAUCAGGAUAUGCGAUCGGAGGAGUGCUUAGUCAAGGAACGAUUGGAAAGGAUUUACCUAUAGCCUAUACUUCAAGAGUAUUGAAUAAAGCUGAGCAAAAUUAUUCCACGAUUGAAAAAGAGUGUCUUGCAAUAGUAUAUUGUGUGAAUCACUUCAGGCCAUACUUAUAUGGAAAUAAAUUUACGAUAGUAACCGACCAUAAACCCCUGGUGUGGUUACACUCAGUUAAAGAUCCUACUUCUAGAUUAUGGAAGUGGCGUCUCAAAUUAGAGGAAUAUGAAUACGAAAUACAAUACAAAAAGGGAACAUUGAACAGUAAUGCCGACGCAUUAUCGAGAAAUCCGGCAAUUAGUUUAACAUUUCCAAUAGGAACUUUAGAAGAAUCAGAAGAUAUUUCAUCCGAUGAAUCAAUAUUUUCUACUGGCGAUAAACGUGAUAAAAGAAAAAGGAAGAGAUAUGAAAAUAUUCCAUCGCCCGAAUGUAAUAAGCAUGUCGAUGAUCACGGUGAUUACGUCGACAUGACUAGACAUAAAGAACAAGAGCCAGUGCAUCCACUCGCUCCUGACAUUGAAGAAAACAGUAAUUAUAAUAACGAAUCAGGAGAUAUUCUACAUUUUGAUAAUAAUGAAUUUGGUGAUAACGAAAAUAAUGAAAAUAACUCAGAUUUAGAAAAUGAAAAUAAUGAAGACUUCGAAGAUGAUGAUCUCGAAGAUUCCUAUCAAGAAUUAAUAGAUCACGAGAUUGUACCCUAUAAUGACCAAGAAGAGGUCAUAGCUCCACGACUUCCAGAUCGACUUAAAAUAGUGCAGACCCGCGAUAACUUAGUAAAUCGUCACGACAAUCAUUUAAUUUUUAUUUUGAUCAACGGAGUUCCUUUUGACAACGGUGCCUUAGAGUACCAACGACAUAAUUUGUUACCAGAUUAUCAAAAUCUUACUUACGAAAGAGCUAAUGUUAUAUCUAGGAGUAAGCGCCAUGUAUUGAUUUCUAUCCCCAUAAAAUUUAAUCACCGAACUCUUUUAGAACCUCAGACUUUAGACAACUGUUUACAAUCUCUAACGGAUGUAGUGAACGAAUUGAAUCUUGAAUCUCUUAGUCUCAGUAAAACUGAACGUUUCGACGAUCUCCCUUGGCGCUACAUAAUUAAACGUAUCUAUGAAUUCUUGCGAGAUAAACGAAUUUGCGUUACCAUAUGUGAAAAUCUGAUACAAUCACCCGCUCCACAAGAACGUGAAGCGAUAAUAACCGAAAAUCAUGCUUCUGCACUUGGAGGUCAUAAAGGAGUGACUAAAACAUACAACAGAAUGAGAAUUAAUUAUUAUUGGAAUACGAUGAAAAAGGACAUACAAGAAUUUAUUCGGAAAUGUCGGAAAUGCCAAGUAAGGAAAUUAACUAGAGUAAAAACAAAACAGCCAAUGGUGAUUACAGAUACCCCUGGCUCAGCGUUUGACAAGGUCUCUUUGGAUAUAAUGGGACCACUUCCCAUUACAAACGACGGAAAUAAAUACCUACUUACAAUACAAGAUUUAUUAACAAAAUAUUCCAUAGCCGUUCCUUUAAGAGAAACGAGCUCACUAGCAAUAGCCGACGCGUUCUUGAAACAUUUUAUCUGCGUAUUUGGAGCUCCCAGAGCAAUUUUAACAGAUCAAGGAUCGAACUUUCUUUCAGCUUUCAUAAGGAACUUAACAAAAAGGUUUAACAUACAGCAUUACAAAACAACCGCUUACCAUCCACAGUCAAACGCAUCUCUUGAAAGAUCUCAUCAUGUUUUGAUGGAGUAUUUACGAACUCAAGUAGAAAAGGAAAGAAAUUGGGAUAAUCAUAUUGAAUUAGCAAUGUUUUCGUACAAUACUAGUGUUCACGAAGGAACACAGUAUUCACCCUACGAGUUAAUUUUCGGGAAGCUUGCUCGCUUACCAUCAGCAUAUACGCCAAUCGAUGAAAACUUGGAGUUAACUUAUCAGGAUUACUUGGUAGAUUUAUUCGACAAAAUACGAGAUUUACAAGAAACGGCUCGAUCUAAUCUAAUUCAAGCAAAAUUGAGAAGUAAAACUUAUUACGAUAAGAGAAUUAAUCCUAAGGUUUUUACGGUAGGAUCCAGUGUGUUCCUACUCAAAGAACCAUUUAAGGGAAAAUUUGCGACACAAUAUUGUGGACCCUACCGCGUCAUAGAACUACUUCCAAACAAUAAUGCAAAAAUCUUGAUUAACGACAGACCCAGAAUAGUGCACACAGACAAACUGAAGCUAUCGCAUAUUGAACCCGGAUGACAGAUUAAUUAGACUUUAUGUGUUUACAGAUGUAUAAAUGUGUUGGCAUCGUCACGCUCCUCACCCAGCAUUUUUAAAGCCACCACCAGUUCUUACCGUCUAUCACGACCUAAGACCUGUUUGGUGUUACAAGACUCAAGGUUUCAUAGUGCCACUCUCGGACAGUUACUAUUGCCCGAAGUGUUAUUGUGAACUACGCAUUGUGAAUAAUAUCAGGUUUAAUUACGAACAUUUUAAUUUGCAUUUCUUAGUAGACGGACUUCAAGAAGUUUUCUUAACUUGCUGGUAUUGUGAACUAAACCUUUUGAACGCGCAGCCCAUUGGAAGGUGCGCUAUUUGCACUCGCGAGCAUUUGAAUUUAUUAACAAAUGCCCGACAAACCGAAAACCCGUUCUUUGAUAAUCAAAUGGCAGUAAUCAGCCACAGUGGACAAGACUUCUUGCUCAAAGAAGACUGGUCUCUCUUUAUCAUUCCCGCGUGACGAGAAAGCAGAAUCAAAAUAAACAUAAUUAGAUAACCCAGUUUGUUGCAUUGAAAAUGCAAGAACCUGGAGAAUUACCGCCAACGCAUCCAACAAUUGUUGUUAACCCUGAACGAUAUGUGAUCUCAUGUGUUAAAGGGAUCAGAUAUCGUUAUACUCGUAAUAACCGAUCAAUUUUUAUCUGCGAAAAGUGCGCAAUAGGUGUAAGUAGUGAGUGUGAAUCCGCGCAUGGAUUCAUGGAUGGAUUAUGGGUUCCUACUCCAUGUAAAUGGUGCCAAGGACCACUGGUUAAGACAAGACCCCUAUAUGCCUGUCGACUUUGUCUCUUGUCUUACCAAUAUUUGAUGAAUGAUCUCGGAUUUCAUGGUAUUACCACUAACCGAAUAACACGUAUCUCUUAUGACGUAGACUCUCAUGAAUUGAUUGAAUUAAGUUUGCGAGAAGGUUCUAUCUAAAAUUUUGUAAAAUAAAAUCAUGAGUUCCGUACUUAUUAGCGACAACGCGAAAGAAGUACUAUUUGUUUUAAUAUUGACUAUACUUCUGUUAGAAAUUGCUUCUUAUUUAAUACUGAUCAUUCUUGACGCUGAAAUAGGAAUAACCCUUUUCGCAAUCUGUAUAAGUAUUUAUAUGAUAAUAUCAAUUAUUAUCAUACUGAUCUUUGCUAUAUCGUUACAAGUAUUGUUGACCGAGACCAUCCAACAAAUGAGUGAAUACUAAUAAUAUAGGAACGACAAACUUCUUACGACAAUCUUGUUAAUAAGCACUACUUAAAGGCAAACUACUGAAAGACCAAUAAUAUAACAUGUUCCAAAUUCUUAGAUCACACCAAGUAGAACGAUUGCAGGAUCUCGCAUUGCCUCUAGCCGUAGACAAGGUACUGCGAGAUGCCUCUAAACUAAGUCUUAGAUUAUGUGUCGACAUUUAUUUUUACAACUAUUCAGGACAUCGCAAAA